AUGGCCGAGCAUGUCGACAGGCAAUUCGGCAUUAUAGUCCCAGCCACCGGAACUACCCCGGCCGCCAUGGGCAAACAACCUGGCUCUGCACCUAGGAAAGAAGAUAAGCUUGUCACUGUGGAUUUACCAUUGAACUCCUGUGGUCGUAGUAAGACCGCUGCCUUAGUGAUAUGCUAA